AAAUGAAGAGGCGCAACUUUUAUACAACGAACAGUCGGUCCAUCGCAAAGAACAUCAUCCGCAUCCCGCCCCAGGGAAAACUGGAGGGAAAACAAAAUUGAAAAUCGUUAGUAUAAAAAUUUGAGCAAAACCUCUUCUUUAUUCUAUCAUUCAUUCAUUCAAUCACUUGUUAUUCUUAUUCAAAUUCUCUCACUUGUUAUUCUUAUUCAAAUUCUCUCUCUUUCUAUAUAUAUAUAUGUAUAAUUUAUUUACACAAACAUUGAUAGGUUUAUUCAAUUUGAUUUUUAUGGAGUAACAUGAAAAAUUCAGAUUCAAUUCGCAGUAAGCGACAUCGAUUUGAUCAUUUGCCCAAUUCUUCUCAAUUUUCUCGCAAAAAGCACAGACCUGUGGUUAUCAACACAGCUUCUAUACAUAUACAACCUCUCGGAUUGCCUCUGGUUUCAACAACCCAAACUUCUUCAUCCGAAUCGAUCAAUCUCGAGCCCUACAGACCCUACACCAUCGGCCGAGCCCAUCGACACUGCGAUUUCGUUUUCGAGGACCGCCGAGUCAGUAAGAAGCAUUUCCAGAUUUUAUUUGAUGCUCUGAAUCGUAAAAUAUGUAUAUCUGAUGGUGUGUUUUGGUCUGGUUGUGGUGGGUUUUCUAGGGUUAGGGUUUCCAUGAAUGGGGUGUUUGUCAAUGGGGUUAGAAUUGUGGGAGGGGAAGUUGCUGAGUUGGGUGCGGGCGAUGAGGUUUCGCUUGUGUGUGGAAAUGAAGGGGUUUGUAGUUUGGGGGUUAGGAUUGGGUUUGUUGUGCAAAGAAUUGUUUUUGUGGAGGAGGUUUUUAAUGGAACUGUAUCUAAUUUUGGUGAAAAUGGAUGUGGUAGAGUUGUUGCGUCAGUGAACUUGCUUUUAAGUCAGUGCAGACAGAUAUUGCAUAGCAAUGAUCCUAUAUUGUCCAUUCGUAAAUGCGAUUUUUCACAUAGAGUGAAUAGUGUUCUGGGUUUGAUGUUGAGUAAUGUUGGUAAGUUUUCCAUGGGAGGUGUGUCGGAGCUGAGAGGUGGUAAUCUUGUUGAACCACCCUCCGGUGAGGACUCACAUGCUGACCAGAGAUUGGAAAAUGUAAAUGUAAAUGCCAAUAUGGUACAGUUGAGUUCAGUUAUUCGUGAUAGAGAGACAACUGUGGUUUAUGAGGCUAACGCUGCCUCUGAGUGUUACAAUUUUAAUGGUAACCAUUUACAACAAAUGGAACAUGUUGGAGCUCCUCUUCCAAGCAAUGUCGCCAAUGGCAAACCUAAGACUUUGUGUUUGGAUUCAGCUGUUAAAGAUGGUUUACCAUUACAACAAAUGGAACAUGUUGGGGCUCCUCUUGCAAAUGGUGUUGCUAAUGGCAAACCUAAGGCUUUGUGUUUGGAUUCAAUUGUUAAAGACAGCGGUUUACCAUUACAACAAAUGGAACAUGUUGGGGCUUCUCUUGCAAAUGGUGUUGCUAAUGGCAAACCUAACCCUUUGUGUUUGGAUUCAAUUGUUAAAGACAGCGGUUUACCAUUACAACAAAUGGAACAUUUUGGGGCUCCUCUUGCAAGCAGUGUUGCCAGUGGCCAACCUAACCCUUUGUGUUUGGAUUCAACUGUUAAAGAUAACGGUUUGCCAUUACAACAAAUGGAACAAUUUGGAGCUCCUCUUGCGAGCAGUGUUGCCAAUGGCAAACUUAAGUCUUUGUGUUUGGAUUCAACUGUUAAAGAUUACGGUUUGCCAUUACAACAAAUGGAACAAUUUGGAGCUCCUCUUGCAAGCAGUGUUCCCAAUGGCAAACCUAAGACUUUGUAUUUGGAUUCAAUGGUUAAAGAGAAUACUCCGCAGUUUCAUUGGGGUGCACAUGAUGAGAAUCAGAUUGGUUCAAUUCCUCCCCCAGGGAAUAAGUUUUAUCUUAACCGGCUUCAAACUAUGGGACAUGGUUCAUUGGACCAUCAUGAUGUUGUUUCCUUGCCAGAACUUCUGUAUCCCAUUGAAAGCCUUUCACAAAUUUUUAUUGCUACUUUUACAAGCGAUAUUUUAUGGUUUUUAUCAUACUGUGAUAUUCCUGCCCACCUACCAGUGACAAUUGCAUGCCACAACUGUGAGGGGUGUUGGAGUUCAUCCCCCGACAAAAGAAUCUCAGUGCCUUUCUCAGAUUUUCCCAAUUUAGUUGUGGUGUAUCCUCCAUUUCCCAAGGUUAUAGCCUUUGGUAAUGACCGCAAACGAUCAGGCAUAGCCUGCCAUCAUCCAAAAUUGCUUGUGUUACAAAGAGAAGAAAGCAUCCGUGUUGUCAUUACUUCUGCAAAUUUGGUGGAAAAACAG